GUUCUACAGAAGUUGGGUAAAGCUGAUGAAACGAAAGACGAACAGUUUGAACAGGUGGUGGUGAACUUCAGGAGACAGGAGUCUGAAGGUGCUCGGCUGCAGAGGGAGAUGAAGGCCUACAUGUCUGCCAUUAAAG